AUGGCGCACGGCGCCUGCUCCCACGUUACUGAGACCACUGGCAGAACGGAUCCGAACAGCUCUUUCGAGAUUCUGCGCGUGCGCCCCCAAAAGUCUUUGCAAGCGCUCAAGUUUAUGUUCGUUGACGAUGCGGCACAUGUGGCUCUUCCCUGGCCGCGUAUAAACUGGGAGCAAUGUUGCAUCACUCUUUUUAGACAGACCUCUUCCACCUCUGGUUACACAAAGACGUGGUUUACGCCGAGGCAUAUCUGUCCAGCGUUCAUGAAUUUGGCUGCGGCAAUGCGGCGUGUUACAGAAUCUGCGCUGGCCGACUUGGUCACGAUAGAGGGCCCUGCCCCCAAGCUCGAGGACAACGGGCGUGAGAUUCUUCGCUGCGACUCCGGCAACAAUGCGAGAUACCUUACUCGAUCUAGCAAAGAAGAUAUGGUUGCAGUACUAGGAGGGGAUAUAACCCGUCUCCGCUGCCGAGCCGGUGACGGUUGA